AGGCGCGCCAAAAAUGCCACUCUCGCAAAGCUAACUAACAAUGAUGACUAUGGCUCUCCCUUUAUCAUCUUCCAUUAUCACUUCUCAAAAGCUCUCUUUUAGCCUUUCCAUUGCUCAAAAGCACCAUUUUCUCUCCACCCAUUUCGCAUUUAGACUCCAUUAUGCCCGUGGCAAAGUCACAGCAGCUGCACCUCACCUCAAAGUGCAAUGCAAGUCUGCAAAAGAUUAUACAAAGUCAUGCAGGAUCUAGCUUACAGGCAAGAUAUCACUACUAAUUUAUGCACAAGCACUUUUGAACAUGGAACGAAGAAACUUGAGAGUUUAAUUGCUGUGAUCCUUAUCUUUGUGCAAAUUUCGUCACCGCUGCCUUUGGUUGGUUUGGACUUUUGGUCUGUUUCUCCAGCAGAAGCAGUGCUUUACUCUCCAGACACCAAAGUUCCCAGAACUGGGGAACUUGCUUUAAGAAGGGCUAUUCCAGCAAACACAAAUAUGAAGGCUAUACAGAAUUCUCUGGAGGAUAUUUCAUUCUUGCUCAGAAUUCCACAGAGGAAACCUUAUGGGACCAUGGAGGGAAAUGUGAAGAAAGCACUAAAGAUAGCAAAAGAUGAAAAGGAUUCUAUUUUGGCAAGUAUACCAGCAGACUUGAAGGAAAAGGGAUCGGCAUUGUAUGCAUCUCUAAUUGAUGGAAAGGGUGGUUUACAAGCACUCAUUCAAUGCAUUAAGGAACAGGAUCCAGAUAAAGUUUCUGUUGGACUUGCAUCUUCACUGGAUACAGUUGCAGAGCUGGAGUUGCUGCAGGCUCCUGGGUUGCAAUUUUUGUUGCCUCAGCAAUACUUGAAAUAUCCAAGGCUAACAGGCAGAGGAACUGUAGAAUUUACUGUUGAGAAAGCAGAUGGUUCGACAUUUACCCCUGAAGCUGGUGGUGAGGAAAGAAAGACUGCUAAAAUUCAGGUUGUUCUAGAUGGAUAUUCAGCGCCAUUAACAACUGGAAAUUUUGCAAAACUGGUAGUUGAUGGGGCAUAUGAUGGAGCAAAGAUCAGCUGCACUGACCAAGCUGUUAUUAUAGGCAGUGGGAAUGACAAGAACACUGGUUAUAGUGUUCCUUUAGAAAUAAAGCCAUCGGGGCAAUUUGAGCCCUUAUACCGAACAACACUAAGUGUACAGGAUGGGGAAUUGCCAGUGCUUCCACUAUCUGUUUAUGGAGCAGUAGCAAUGGCUCACAGUGAGGUCUCUGAGGAGUAUUCAGCGCCGUAUCAGUUUUUCUUCUAUCUCUAUGAUAAAAGAAAUUCCGGCUUGGGAGGCUUAUCUUUCGAUGAAGGACAAUUUUCAGUUUUCGGAUAUGCCACAACUGGGCGAGACAUCCUUUCACAGAUAAAAACUGGGGAUAUCAUCCAAUCUGUAAAGUUAGUGGAAGGUCAAGAUCGCCUUGUAUUGCCAAAUGAGAACUGAUAUUCCUUCUGUCACAGGAGGACUACAUGUCAUUCUUUGCAUUCGUUGCAUUUGUAGAUUCAAUUACUGUCAGACUAGUUUUUGUUUGGAGCUGGUUGUGUUAAAAGAUCUUCAAAAAACAUCUGUGUUAUGGGGCUGCUAAUGCUGCAUUUGAGCUGAUAUUGACUCGUCUACGACGGCAUAUAAAUAAGUCCAAUAUGAGCAUUGCAGGAUAAAAAGUAAUGGCAUAUAUAUUACAGCAGCAUCAGCCUACUGUAAUAUAUAUAUAUAUAUAUAUAUAUAUAUAUAUAUAUAUGCCGUUAAUUUUUAGUUCCUGGGCAGAGAUGGCAAUUUCAUCCAUUCUGUUGUAUUUUAUCCCUAGAUGUCACAGAAUCUUUAUUCUGCCAAAACUAGCAGGCUCUGUAAUAUUUUCACUCAUGGCUCUUUAAGAGUUUUCACAGUUGCAUUGCCAUUGCUCUUUUUAAUUUUGUUUAACCCUUUUGUUGUGCAAAUCUCAAUACUGAUACAUUAGAACUGUCUCAAGAAUGAAGAAAAACUUUUCUCUUCAUGUUA